GGCCGCGCGCGGGGCGUCUGCCUUGGAGGAGGGGGCUGCUGUGGAGCUCCGUGACGAGGGCUCGGCGUGGGCGGCGAGCGGGUGGAAGUCGGGACGGAUCCGAGGCCCCGCGUCGGAGUGUUGGCGGACCCCUGAGAGGUGAGGGGGCGCCGGCAAUGGCUGCGGCUUCUCCUCGGGGUGCUGGAUUCUUCGGGGCUCGGUCGAGGACCUGUUGAGGGGCAUGAGCGCAUUCGUGCAUCGAGUCCGGAUGUUGGUGUUAAUACGGGGUGGCGGUGAGCACCGUACGUUGUGCGGAGAAGACUGAAGCUUCGGAGGCUCCGCAGCCCUGGCUGGGGCAAGAGUUGAGCUCAGACUUCGCUGAACAGACUUGGUUUACAUUAUUAACAUCUCAAACAGCUCCAGGCCCAGAUUCCCCUUCCACGGCUAAACUCGCGGUUGUGUUUGCCGUUCCCCGUCACGGGGUCAUCUUGAAGCUGCAGAAGGGAGAUUCGGGGUGAGGGUGAAUCGCACUAGGGACAAACGAUUCAGCAAAUCUAAAAUGUAAUGUCUUGUGUUUAAGAGUGUUAAUUCUCCCGCCGGUGGAAUUGUUGCAUAUUUCUUACGGGUAUUUUCUUUCAGGUUCUGUAUGCGAGUAUAUGAAAGCUACAGUUUGCUCGUUGUUCCUCAUAUGGGAGUGUGUAAGAUUGGCAUGGAAAGACUUUUUGGAAAAAAAGAAAUAUCCCAAGACAUUUUUGCUUUAUCUAUUUUUAAAGAUUUAUUUAUUUGAAAGGCAGAGUUAAAGGAAGAGACAAAGACACACACACACACACACACAAACACACACACACCUCUUCCAUCCACUGGUUCACUCCCCAAAUGGCCACGAUGGCUGGGGCUGGGCUGGGCUGGGCUGGGCUGAGCCAGGCCUAAGCCAGGAGCCUGGAACUCCUGCCAGUUUCCCAUGUGGGUGGCUGAAAGCCAGGCACUUGGACCCUCUUCUGCUGCUUUCCCAGGCACAUUAGCAGGGAGCUGAUUGGAAGUGGAACAGCAGGGUCUUGAACCUCCACUCUUGCUGGCAUUGCAAACAGUGGCAUAACCCACUGUGCCGCAAUGCCAGUCCCAUGUAAAGACCUCUAUGAGGAUAACAUAGUUUAAGGGAAAAGUUCACAGCUCCUCACUGUCCAUACAGCCUCAUUUCCAAAAUAGAUAUGAAAAUCACCUCAGGCUUGAUAUUAUGCUGCUUCUCCUUUGCCAUCUUCCCUUUCACAUUCUUGCUGCCCACACGUUCAGGGCUUUAUAUUUCAUGGUUUGAGAUACACAUCCUCAAAGAGACAGAAAUACUGGGGGCCGUAUGUGAAGGAGGGUGCACAGCAAGAGGAAUGUACUCCUGAAAGUUGUUCGCUGUUCAGCUUACAGCAGCCCUGGCUGCCCUGGAAGAGAUAAGAAGUGAAUGCAGAAAGAGGGUGUUCUGGGACCUGGAAGUCAUCACUUCUGGAGGCCCCUUGCACAAGUGGCUGGGAUCCCGUCUGGAAAUCGAGGGCAUAUCCAGAAGAAACAAAGACUGUUCCCAGUCACUGGCCAUUUCUUCAAGCAGAAAAACAUGGUCAUUGUUCAGGAAUUUCUGACUCUGGAGGAUAUGGCUGUCGCCUUUACUCAGGAGGAGUGGCAGCUCUUGGGCCCUGCUCAGAGGGACCUUUACUGGGACGUGAUGCUGGAGAACUACAGCAACCUGGUGUCCGUGGGGUAUCAAGCCAGCAAGCCAGAUGUCAUCUCUAAAUUGGAGCGAGGAGAACUGUGGACAAUGGAAGACAAAAUGCACAGUCCAGUCUGCCUGGAAAAUCACAAAAUUGAUAAUCAUCUUCAGAGUCAUUUCAGGGAAAGAAUGCUGAAGAGUAUGGAACACCACCAUGAACAAAAUGCACUUGGAAGUAUUGUUUGUCAAAACAAAAGUCAUUUUCCUUUAAGGGAAAAUUAUGCAUUUGAGUUAUACAUCAAAACAUUGAAAUCAAAGUUAAGUUUAGUAAGCCAGAACAAAAGCUGUGAAAUUAAGAACACUCCUAAAUUUCAUGGAAAUGGGAAAUUGUUUGAGCAUAAGUGUGAAAAAUUUCAUUCCACAGUUAAAUUCCCUCCAAGUGGAAAACUCAAUAGCAGUAAGUCUCAAGUCAUUAAGCAUCAGAGAACUCAUGAAAUAGAGAAAACCCAUGUAUGCCAUGAAUGUGGGAAAGCCUUUUUCAAGAAGUCUCAACUCACAGAUCAUGAGAGAGUUCAUACAGGAGAGAAGCCUUAUGGUUGCAAUAUGUGCACAAAAGUAUUUUCUAGGAAGUCCAGGCUCAAUGAACAUCAGGGAAUUCAUAAAAGAGAGAAAUCCUUUGUAUGUAGUGACUGUUGAAA